AACAGCAGCAUUAACAGCCUUCCAUCCAACCUUUUUUACAAGCAGAUGGUGGAAAUAGUGGAAGCUUACAGCGGCCAAGGGAAAGAAGAUUCGCCUCAUUGUGGAUUGUGCGACGAAAAGAAAGCUUUGAAAUUUUAUUGCUUUGAAUGCAACAGCUUUUUAUGCGAUGACUGCGUGGGUGUCCAUGAGAAGGGAAAAAUUUUCAGUGGCCACCAUGUAAAAGAUAUCGGUAAUUUCCAGUCCUGCGAUGUGCAAGAUUAUGCCCGCCGGGCAACCUAUUGUACUGUACAUAUAGAUGAAAUGAGGUUUUACUGCGAAAAUUGCAAAAGGUGCAUUUGCCGUGACUGCGCCAUUUUGGAACAUCAAGAUCACAACAAGAUUUCGCUUGACCAAGGACUUGAAAACAUUAAGUCUGAAAUUGAUAUCAAAGUUCAUGAAGCACAGAAAAACGGGUCUCGUUUGAGAAGUUACAAAGUCUCUCUGGAGAAAAGAAAAAUGAAAGUAGACGGGAGUAUCGAAGAAGCCACAAAAGAAGUGAAGCGAAUCGCUGAACUCUGCAUAUUAUCAAUUCGCCAGCACGAAGCAAGUGUGACCGAACAAUUAAUAAAACAGAAACAAGCCUUUAAAAAUGCAUUUGACAAUCAAAUGACUAUGUUGGACAGCAAACUGAUGGAAAUUGAGAGCACCUUAGCCUUUCCACAGGAGAUUCUUCUUCGAAAUAACUUACCGGAAAUAUUAAACGUCAAAGCAGUACUCGAAGAGAAGCUUAGAGAAGUCUCUGUUCGCUUGCAACCUUUGGAAGCUAUGCCGAAGCUCGGUUACUCGGAGGUCAAGUACAUUCAGAAUGAUGUCUUUCUAAAAGACGCACCGGGAAAGUUAGUCACAAGCGACACUGAGCCUUUAUUAUCAGUUGCAGGAGGCAAGAAUCUCACAAAGGGGCUGGUAGGCGAGGAUGGCACUUUUACGGUUACUACAAAGAAUGCACAAGGUCAAACAAGUCACUGUGCGAUAGAUGAAGUCAUUGCAAAUAUCAAUUCAUUGUCGGGGCACGAGACACUGCAGACGGUUGUGACAGACUGGAAGGACGGCCGUUAUUCAGUCUCUUACAAGCCAAAAACGCCUGGAAAGUUCACUGUGUCAGUCGAAGUAGCAGGAAACCCGAUCAUCGGCAGUCCAUUUACUUUAGAAGUGAAAAAUCAACUAGACAUCAGCAAGCAAGGUAAAUUUCUUUACUUCAAAAUUAAUGUUAUUCAAUUAAAAAUUGGAAAAAAUAAUUAAAUUUGUUAUGUUCAGGCGAGAGACAAGAAACUAUAUUCAUUCUGUCCCAAGUAACUGUCCCAGUCGAGAUAUUUAUUUACAGCACUUUGCAUUUCUACAUUUACUUCAAUUAUUACAUCACUGCUGUGUUAGACUAUUGACAUUGUGCGAAUAUUCAUGUCGUUGUGGGAGAACCUUUUCAAAACAUAGGCUAGAUAAACAUUAUGUAAAGGGCUGGGCUCAGCUUAGCGUGUCAACAGUGGACUAGUCGUAUUAACGUUCAUUUGUUGCUAAUGCAGAUACUAUUUAGCUUAAGAUACUCGAAGCUGUAGGGAAAGCGCAGAAGAAAGAACUUGAAGACAUCGAGAUUAAAGAGCACUUUGAAAUACCCUAAAAAGCGGAUGGAAAGAAACUUAGCCUAAAACCUAAAGAUUCUUAUACAACCGAGGAUUACGAACAAGCUUGCAACUCAUCUCUCUGUACUAAGAUCUACUAAAACACGUACCAACAAGUAAAAAUGCAGCGCUUUUCGCUCAAAACUGAGACAACUAUAAUAAGUGAAGGUAAAAAAAUUAGUAAAAUGAGUAAACAUUUCCCAGUAUCGGUAGAAAUUGACAAGAAUCAGAAAGAAUCUUGGGGGCUUUAUGGAGAGGCAAGCCACCUUGAAGAGGCUCUCGGAUUCCUGGAAAAGGAAGGAGUUGAAAUAAAGAGGGAAAGAGAAGACGAAAAAGGACGACGCAAAAAAGCAAAAGACCUUGAAGAGGAUAUGGAAGUCGACCCACCCGAGGCCUCCAGUGGUGAUCCAGGCCAUCGGCUAGAGGCCCUUAACUAGGUUGGUACGAAAUUUAUACAAGUGUGGCAAUUUUUGUGCAUGUGUAGGAAGAAUGUCCCCCAAAACCCUAAGUAAGUACAAGUGGCUAUGCUUUUUGUUGUCGCUUGACCGGGACUCGAACUAUGAGGACUUAGCAGAAAAAAAGAUGAAAAAAUUUUAAAGGAAAAUUUUUGAGGAAUCGCUAAGGGACUUGUCAGAAAUUAGCAGGGGGGGAGGGGGGUGGAAACAGAGAGAGGGUCACAACUUUUUGAGACUGCAGAAAACGGAGGGGUCAUGAAAAAUGGGCCUUGAAAAGGGGGAGGGUCAUGCAAAUAUGUGUCCGUGAUCAUGUAGCCUGAGAUCAUGCCCUCUCCCUAUUAUCCCUUUAUGUCUCUCACGGGAAGAGGGCAUGAUACAUUUCUUUGUCGGAUCACAUGUAAAAAAGCCAGAAUCUGGACUUUUUUCUGAUUGGAUAGGAAACAAUACGAAUGAUUUGCGCUGUUCCGAUUGGCCAAAAUGCCGCCAUCCGUUAGUUAUUGCUGAUUUCAGUCUGCAUUUUUGCUUGCGUAAUGAGCAGUGAAUAUACACGCGAGUUCGUUAUGAAAUUUCUGCCGGCUCAGUUUUCUUGAAUUUGAAGAAUGCCUAAAUAGAAGUUUCAUCCAUUGAAAUAUUUUCCAUCUCAUCGUAUACUAAAACAGUUGAAGUCAAAACUUCACCGAUCAUUUGAAUGCAAUUUGAUACCGGCUACAAGUUACAGAAGCGACAAACAGGUUCACUUUCAAAUAAUCAAUUCAUGAAUGGAAUCUUGACCUGGUUUGACUGUAAUUCCUCCUUCAGAAAUCAUGCUGCGAAUUAUUCUGAGCGAUCUUCGCUUUCACAACGCCUUUCAGUUCGUGAAAUAUGGUGCUUCAGCCUAAUUUUUUUUCACUGCUUUCGGCACAGAACGAAGUCAACGAGGUACGGCACCUCCAGCUAGCAGUAUUUCAUCACAAAAACAACACAUUAAAUUUUCUUUUUAGGAAGCGCCAUCUGAACAUGGACGUAUUUAAAAAUUUUCUUUUGCCUAAAAUUGAUUUCAAAAGAGACAUUUGCGCCAAAAUUUGAUUCUUGAUGGUAAACGCUUAUUGGCUAAUAACAUGACAGGUCAAGCAGACGUUAGAUUAUGUAAAUUAGGGGGCGGUUGACUGCUUGUUAAAUAAAUGUAUCAGGCGUUAUUUUUUUCCCUCUCGAGCCAAAGACGCAAAAAAAUAAAUAAAUGAAUAAAUAACGCCUGAUCUCAGGUUAGUGAUCAUGUAGAGGUUCACCCACAGAAGAAAGAAGAAGUUCUUUAUUUUGUUAAAAAAAACCUAGGAGAAAUAGUAGAGUCGAGUGAUCAGCUGUCAGAAUCAGAGUCGAACUCAGCUUAAUGCCUUCAUCUAAAAUGUAUGUAUACGGCAUUACAAAGAACAGAUUAGAAAUAUAUUUUGAGCUUUCACAAUACUGACUCACCCUAGUGUAUUGCAAGAACUAGAUUUUAUCAUUUAUACAAGAGGGGUAGGGUCAUGAUAUUUUAGGCCAAGGUCAAAGGGAGGGUUAGAAAAUUUCACUCCCAUUGCAGGGAUGGGUCAUCUCAUUUCCGAACCCAAAUUUAAAAUUCCCACCCCCCCUCCCCCUGCUAAUUUCUGACCAGUCCCUAAGGUCUUAUCAUUAAUUAGGUUUCUGACGUAACUGUAGGUUUUAGACAUGAAAGGGUUAAGCUUUGAGGGCGAGACAGAGUCAAUCCCCGUAACCACCCCUAGAUCCGCCUCAGAUUUGUAAUCGUUCUAUACUUAAUAGGGCCGUUUAUACGAGAGAAAAUAAGCCGCGGCUUACUUUGGCCGUGGCUUACAUAAGACGCGAACACCCCGUAUAAAUGGUACAAAAUCUAAGUUCACGGCUUAUUCAACCCACGGCCAGCUCAAGCCGCGCCUUAUCUUGGCCGAGGGGCUUUGGGCUGGGCUUAUCCAAGCCGUGGCUUACCUUGGACGAGAAAGUGUUAGUAUAAAUUCAACUCAAACGUUGUCCGCGGUUUGCUGAAGCCGUGAACGAUUGCUGCACAUGCUCUGUUUUCAAUUAUAUCCCAGACCUUUUCGGCCGAGAGACGCGCACUGCAGUGGCGGGAAAAUGAUCUGCUGCACGAGAGGGCCCGUAAAUUUCGUCUAAACUCUACCUCAUCCAUCGCUGGAAUAUCUCUUUAAAACCACUCGAUUGAUCUCUGACAAACAUUUCGUCUAGGUUUCCGCACAAGAUUCGCAAUAGCCCAGCACUUAUCUUGACCGAAAUGUUAGUUUGAAACGAAAAAGACGGUAAAAUAUGUCAAUUUUCCUGACCAAAGCCAAUCGUUUCGCUUUUUUGCUCCCUCGAGUCAUUGCUGCAAAUUACUCGAGCCACCAAAACAAACUACGCCAUGAUUGGACCGGUCUGGCCGCGUGCUAAGCCGUGAACCAUUUAUAUGAGUAGUUUGCGUCUUAUGUAAGCCGUACUCGUAUAAAUGGUUCCCUUCGCGUCUUAUGUAAGCCGCGGCUUAUUUUCUCUGGAAUAAAGGCCCUAUUGUUUCACUAUGGUAAAUUAUUUGUUUAAGUGAAGCCCGGGGGGGGGGGGGGUGGUGGGCGGCGUGCAAAGCCGGGAACCAUUAAUAUGGGUAUUUGGCGUCUAAUGUAAGCCGUACUCGUAUAAAUUGUUCCCUUGGCUUCUUAUGUAAGCCGCGGUUUAUUUUCUCUGGAAUAAAGGCCCUAUUGUUUCAAUAUGGUAAAUUAUUUGUUAAAGUGAAGCCCGGGGGGGGUGGGGGGUACUCCCAUACAUUACCUAUACGGGUAUGUACCGCCCAACGGGGUCGUGGUUUUGAAGCUCCUGAUUUAGAACGGGGUAUCCAUUUCAGAAUUGUGGAUUACGGCUUUAUCUUCUGCUUAAAAUUGUUGCUGAUUAUGAAGAAGCAUUUAUUUGAUGUAUAAGUCAAACAAAUAAGGAAAUAUCUUUUUAAAAAAACAGAGCUAUUUCAAUUUACAAACUUUCUAGAACGGAGUAUUAAAAAUUGGCCCAUUUCUAGAACGGGAAGUGAAGUAACUUAUUUUGUUCUGGUUUCUCGUCAUUCAAACCUGACCGUUUUUCUUAUGCGACGCGCUUAACCGCCAUGAUUAAUGUCAAAGAUACUUUAGAGCGGAGAAGAGAGAGAUAUUUCUUUAAUUUUCACAUAUAUAGAUAUUUAAAAAAUAGGUUUAAAAUACAACUGAAUUUUGCCAAUCAAAUUGCUGAAAUUUCUCAGGUUACAACAUAUAGUUGCAGUGCCAGAAUUUUUAAAAUAUUUGUUACAUUUACGAUUGUCUUAAUUCAUUUUUGCAUGUUUAACCCUUUUUUGUUAUGGUUAACAUAGUGCUUGAGUUUCUGACGGUUUAUGUCGGUGUCUUUAUAUUUAUCUGAUAUUCAAGGUGGAAGGAUAAAAUUGUCUGUUUACAAGGACGACAUAACCAAGCAGAGAGUUGAUGUCGUCGUGAAUGCCGCAGAUAGGGAACUUCAACACGAUGGAGGAGUAGCCGCCGCCAUUUUGGCCAAGGGAGGAAGAACAAUCAAUGAGGAGUCACAGGCGAUUAUAAAGACUCGUGGUUUUCUUAAGGAUGGCGAAGCAGUCGUCACCAAUUCUGGGAAACUGCCUUGUAAAGCAGUUGUUCAUGCUGUUGGACCGAGGUGGAAUGACGUUGACGCUAAGAAAAGUAAGAAGAUUCUCGGUCGGGCUUGUCUAAACAUUUUUGCUGAAACAGAGAAACUGAACUUGACUUCAAUUGCAUUACCGGCUAUUGGUACUGGCAUUCAUAGGAUGCCAAAGGAUGUCUGCGCCGAAGUCAUGUUCGAUGCUUUGGACGAGUUUGUGAGGCAAGAUGACGCAAAAAACAAGAAUAUCACUGAUAUAAGGUUCGUAAAUAUAGGUGACCCUUUGGUACAGGCUUUCAGUAAAGAGUUUAAGAAAAGAUAUGGCGAUGACCCUGAAAGUUACAGUCGUGAGAAGGAAACCGGAGGAAGUACCUCUGGCCGCUCUUCCUCUACCGCCGGAGCCGUAGGCGGUCGUUCCAUAGUGUCAUCCUCAAGAUUUAAUCGAGGUAGAGACCAAAGCAGGGCGGACAAUCACCACACUGCACUGAACCCGAACGACGCAAGCAUUGGCCGUUAUGAUCAGAGAUCUUUUAGCACUUCAGCUGUUAGUAGCCACGAUCCCUUGACGAAUCAUUCUGAUCAUCUUUCAAACCCAUACAGUAAAGUGGUGAAAAGAAGUAUACGCGGUCAUGAAAUGAUGCUGCCACAAGAUCAACAGCGUCAAGGACACGAAGAAAAGAAAGGAGGCCAUGGCGUCCAUGAUGAAAAACAAGAGAAAGGUAAGUGAUAUAAGAGCCAUGAUUUGAUGCAGGGGGUAUUAGAAAUUUCUGUUGUGCGGAUUUCCCAUUUUUGGCAUCGGUUUUCACAUAAACUACAUAUUUUUUCGGGUUUGUGUCUUCUGCACUAAUUAUUUUACUCCUUUCAGUAACUUCUGAUGAAUUUUUCUAUGUGAAGCUAGAUGCUACAGUCAGUUUAUAUUUACUUAAAAUAAGUUUUUUUUUCUCAAUAUUUGUCAUUAUAAACAAAAAACGUCCUCAUCUUAGAAAACAUUUUAAUUUUAAUCUUUUCAAUUGCUUUUGCGACCGACCUUGAGUCCACCGAUCUUUCGUAUAAAAGCAAUGGCUCUGAAUUCUUGAGCAACCAAGAGCCAGUUCGUUAUGGAGUGAUUUUAUUUAACCCGUGAAACAGGAUACAACAUUAGUGCCCAAUAGUUACAACUGAAUGUAUAAAAGAAAGCAAGGAAAUUAGAGUGGAAUAUUGCGUAUUAGUCUACUAUCUAUUUCAUCGAUAUUUCACGAGAUAAGUAAAAUCACUCUUCACUAUAUUCAUGUAUAUUAAUUUAAUUUCAGUAAUAAUAUAGGAAGCGCACCUAAGCACUCAAAUGUAAAACGAAUGAAACAGGAGGGGGACAUGGGGGUUUACGGUAUUGCUGUAUUAAGAUUUUUUUCAAGCGGUAUUUCGGUCAUUUUGAUUUUUACUGAUUGUGCGGUAUUGCGGUAUCAUCCAGCCCUACGGUAUGCGGCUUUUCAUCCUUCUGGCUAACGGUAUUCGGUAAAAGAAGAUCCUCACGGUAUUGCUGUACCGUUCAUUUGGCCUCUCCUUUCUAAUGUAGAUCAAUAUUUGGAAGACUUUAGACUUAACGGUAAAUGAAUACACAAUUUCUGACAGUUAAUCUAUGAUGAAACUGGUAGGACAUCCAAUGACCAGGCUUUUCGAUCGUUGCACCGAUCAAUUCAAGAUCUACUCUCGUUUUCUCGCGAAGGCUGCGGUUGAUUUCUGGUGUAUACAUGCUUGAGAUAAAAGCGCGCGAGAUGGAUACAACAUGAAUUAAGUAAGCGUGACUGAUCAUAAAUGCGGUAGCAGUAUUUCGUCGAUUUUCGACACGGUAUUUCGGUAUUUGCCAAUUUUUCUUCCGGCAUUGCGGUAUUGGGUACCCUGCAAUGUCCCCCUCAAACAGACAAUGACUAGUAGUCUGUGAUAUUACUAAACAUCUGAAUCUACCAGCUUCAGAAAAGCAAGUUGCUUUUUUUAUACCACUGACUUAGCUACUUUCUUGAUUUUUCAUUUUCAUGAACAGAGGACUGUCCUAUUUGUCUUGAUCGUAUAUCAAGUCCAAGAAGUUUGAAGUGUAAGCACAGGUUUUGUUCAGAUUGUAUUCAAACUGCUUUAAAUGUUUGCAACAAGUGCCCUGUAUGUCAACAGCCUCAAGGGAUUAUUAUAGAAAACCAGCCUCAUGGAGAGAUGACUUUUUACACUGAUCUUUACGCGGGCGUUCCAGGCUAUAAAGGUAAAAUGACGCAUGCGAACCUCAUGCACACUAAUAAUAACAAUAAUGCACACUAACAAUAACAAUAAUACUAAUAAUAACAAUAGUAAAACUUCAAUGGCUGUCACAAUUACUGAUAGACCCAGAAGUUUACAUUGUGGGCCCAAAAAGACUUCAAGACUAUUUACAAAUAAUUUUAAAAUGUAAAUGAUAUAGUAAAAAGAAGUUAAAAGAUAAAAGAUAAUAUAUUCCACAGCGAGAAAAACCGGCCUAUAAAACGCGCUUCUGACAUUUUAAAUAAGCACCUGUUUGGUUGAAACAAAUCAGCUGAUAGGUAGCAUAAGCGCAUGUUUCACAAAAAUUUGUAUUUGACGUAUAAUUAGUCAACACAUAUAAUUUAACUUGGUCAAUUGCAGGCUACGGAACAAUAGUAAUCAAUUAUCAGUUUCCUUCCGGAGUACAAGGCCCGGAACAUCCAAAUCCUGGUCAGCGUUAUCAAGGAACGUCACGAACUGCUUAUCUCACAGACAAUCAUGAAGGACGAGAGGUGCUGCAGCUUCUGAGGCGAGCGUUUGAUGCUCGACUGGUGUUUACAGUGGGUACCUCAACUACAACAGGGCUUUCAAAUCAAGUGAUAUGGAAUGAUAUUCAUCACAAGACCAACAUAUAUGGAGGUCCUUAUGGGUAAGGAGUACCUUUACUUUAGUAACAAAAAUACUUUCCUGAUACGCCUACUGUUUCUAAGCGUGACAGGCUUGCCGGGCAUGUUAAUGUUUUACUUGUAAAUGUACUUCGGCAAAACUGUGUGACGUAAUACGUUUGCUACAGCGGUAGGCCUUGAAGGAUGAAUCUAGCGAUUACAGAAUCGGGCAUUGAUGCAUAAUUUGCGUUUGUAGCAAUCGUUCAAAAAUUGCUUCGUUUUAAGUUACCCUUCCAUUUAUCUGUCAUUCCAUUAAUCCAUAAACAUCGUCUAUAGGGAUUUUCCCUUGGAAUCUACCCCUCCCAUGCAGAUCUCAAGGAUAAAGACCUGCGCACGAGAUUGUCAAUCCACCCGACCCGUUCAUCUAUCCAUUCCUCACUCCAUCCCUUCCUCUGUCCCUUUCUCUAUCCUUCCCUUCAUCCCUCCCUCCAUCCUUCCCUUUCUCCCUUUAUUCCCUACAUCCCUUCCUCUUUCCCUCGAUCCCCCCUUGUUCGUUCAUCGAACCAGGUAUCCUGCGUUCCAAAUAAUCGCCCGUUUAUGCAUCCUCUACUAGUUACCUCAUCUAAACUUAAGUAGCCCCCUUUACCCAUUGACGGGAUUUUUGUAUUUUUUAAAGGUUUGGAUAUCCCGACCCUGACUAUCUUCGGAGAGUCAAAGAAGAGUUGGCUGCUAAAGGAAUCCGAUGA